CGGUAGAACACGUCUACAACCCUACUUCCGACUCCUAUAUAAACUCCCCUGUACAUCUCAAACAACAUAAACACGUUUUGAGCAGCGAUUCGGUCUCGGGAAAUUAGAGAGAUGUUUUUCCACAUAGUACUGGAGCGAAACAUGCAACUCCACCCCCGCCACUUCGGCCGAGAUCUCCGGGACAAGCUUGUCGCAAAGCUCAUGAGAGAUGUCGAGGGCACUUGCAGUGGGCGGCACGGUUUCGUGGUCGCGAUCACCGGAGUCGAGAGCGUAGGCAAAGGUCUGAUUCGGGAUGGCACUGGGUUCGUCUCUUUCCCGGUGAAGUAUCAGUGCGUUGUGUUUCGACCGUUUAAAGGGGAGAUUCUUGAAGCUGUUGUUACCAUGGUUAACAAGAUGGGCUUCUUCGCAGAAGCCGGUCCUGUACAGAUAUUCGUCUCAAAUCAUUUAAUACCUGAUGACAUGGAGUUUCAAUCUGGAGAUGUGCCAAAUUACACAACCUCAGAUGCAUCUGUUAAAAUUCAGAAAGAGAGCGAAGUUCGAUUGAAGAUUAUUGGAACUCGAGUCGACGCUACAGAAAUUUUCUGUAUUGGCACUAUAAAGGAUGAUUUCUUGGGUGUCAUUAGUGAUCCAACUGUAGCUCCUUGAUUUCCUCCCUCUACAUCCCGAGGAAAAGAGAGGUCUCCAUUACAGUCCAAGGCCCUUCAAGGGGUAGAUGGUGUUUGUUUUAUAAUUUUUAUUAGCUUUUUUAGCAGCAUGACCAUCGGUUGAUCUCUAUGUCAUGUUUUAUUAAUGGGAUCGGUCACUGGUACUAACUUGGCAUGGAAUGUAUUUCCCUGCUGCCUUGGUUUGGAACUACUUUAAGCACUGUCGAUACAAGUGUGGACACUGAGUAGAACUACCCUUAGAAGUGUUAUUAUAUUUGAAAUUUGAACUACAAGUUGGAGUAGCUAUGUAUUGAGUAGAUAAGAAUAAGGCAUAAUUUUCUUAUUUAUACUUCCUCUGACCCUCUGUUUCAUAAAAUUU